GAAGCCUCAAGCCCCCAACUCUCUUCUUCCUCUCUCAAAUAAUUCUCUCCAAUUCUAGAUCCUUCUUCAACUUCAAAACACACUCACACUAUGGGAGCUGGCAACCAAACCAAACCCGCCGCCGAAACCCUAAAAUUCCUCUGCAGCUACGGCGGAAAGAUCCUCCUCCGCCACACCGACGGCGAGCUCCGUUACGUCGGCGGCCACACUCGCGUCCUCUCCGUCGAUCCCUCCAUUUCCUUCUCUGAAUUAAUGGUGAAGCUCACUGAGUUCUGCGGCCAGUCCGUCACUCUCAGGUGUCAAUUGCCGGACGGCGACUUGGAGACGUUGAUUACGAUCAAGUCGGAUGAGGAUUUGGCGAAUCUAAUCGAAGAGUACGAACGUGUUUCUUCAUCUUCGUCUCGUUCAUAUAAGGUCAGAGCGAUUCUCUCGCCGCCGAAAUCGCUGAAGCAAGUCUCGCCAGCUCAGUCCACAACGUCGACCGGCGGCGACUGUUCGCCGUCGAAAUCGCUCUACUCCGACUUCGAUUCGCCGCCGAAGAGGUUCUAUUCGCCGACGGCGGUCGGUUAUCAGAGAGGGACGGGGAAAGUGUGCUACUAUCCUUGCCAUGUCCAGCGAACUCCCUGCGAGAUUCCGUAUAAGCACCACCGGUAUCACCAGCACCUCCAUCAAUUUCAAGUCCCUCACUGCAAUUGACCGGCGACGACUCGAUUCCGGCGAUUGGAAACCUAAGCGUUUUGAGGAGGCUCUUCUUCAGAUAUAGAUGACGACAAAAAACAGAAAUUAAUCGGAAUUUAAGGAAAACAAAGCGAAAUAUGGGGAUUUUGUGUUUAUUGUGAAUUGGAGAGGAUUUUCAUACCUAUUUUUCUUCUAUUUCUUUAAUUUUUUUGUCCAUAUUUACGAGGUGUGUAUAAUGACAAAAAUCUACGGCGCUCUUAUUUUGUGGCGCCGGGAAUUCCGGUACAUAUAUUGUAGUUUGGUCUCCGUUCACGGCCGUUUAACCAGCUGUCCAGAACGUUCUCUCCAUGAUUGCCACGUACUGUCGUAAUGGGUGUGUCACGUCUCACUAGCCGACGAAAUUUCCAACUACAAGUCGUUUCUUCGUUGACGUGUUACCCGUUUCUGUUGCACCCGUUUGAUUAGCCUAUUUAGCCGUUUUGUUUUUUUGUUUUUUGUUUUAUCUUUAUUAUGUUUAAUUUGUGUUAAUGAUUCUUGUGUUUUUAUUUGUUUUGCAGGUGGAGUAUUUAUUGGGGGAAUAUGCUGGAGGGCUUGUGCUUUGAACCUUCCUUGAAGCAAUGCCAGCUUGGUCUAAAAUAAAGUCAUCAAAUUAUGAAAAUUAAAUGACACGAAUUUUCUAAGUGGACCAAGUCCAAAUAGAACUUGAGGUGGCAAUAGUCGUGGCCUGGUUGACUUGGUAACAAAUUGAGAUUAUGGUUUAAAUUUAUGAAAAGAGAGAAGUGUCUUAAAAGAUUAUAAUAAAAAUGUUCUUGUAAAAUAGAUUACUUAUCUACGUGUUUUCUUGAGACGGCCCGAAAAAUAUAAUUAGCAAAUCAUUUUGACCGAAUAUAUCUUG